GAACAAGGAAGGAAAUAUUGACGAGAAUGAGGCAGAUACAUACUACAUUGAUUUUGUUUUUGAUGCGGAUGUCAAAUGUUUCAUCACAGUUCAUUAUCUGGCUUUUGAAGACCUGUCCUCAGGCCAUGCAGUGUAAGUUUGAACAGUGAUUAGUAAUGUAUCACAUCUGUGACUGAGGUUCAGUUCCUAUCAUGUGCAGUUUAAAAUAUGACCAGUCACAUGGACUCUUGUUCUUCCAGUUUGACUCUAUCACAGGUUUAAAUAAAGUUAAUUAUGAGACACAACCCAUGCUGGAAUUCCAGUGAGAACAGUUUAGAACUAAUAGUUUAGAACUGGUACUUUAUACAAAAAGAGUUUUGAUAUUUUAAGAGAAGGCUUUGUCUGGUAGCUAGAUGAUAGAGUUUGAAUGUCAAAGUUCUUUCUGAAUGUAUUCUUGAGGUGGAAAAGUAUUCAGGGGUGGAAAACAUAGGCAAGCAUACGAGCAUUGCUUGCAGGAAAUGUUAAACAGCUGCAGGAAAUUUGUUUGAAUGAAAAUUUUGCAUUGUCAAUAGGAGACACAACCCAUACUGGAACUCCAGGGAGAACAGUUUAGAACUGGUAGAACUACAAUAUCCAGUAUAAAUAAAGUACAGGUAUAGUUUAGGUAAUUAGGUUUCCUCUGCCAGUAGCACUGAAUUAAUAAGAAAUACUGUAGUCCUUACUGGACCUUGAGCUAGGGAAACAGUCUAUAACUAAUAGAGAUAUCCAGCAUGAAUAAAGUGAGUUUAUAUAGGCAUCUAGUGACACUCAAUGUUAACUAUUACAGCUACACAACCAAUGACAGUUCAUUGACAUCUCGAGUAUUUGAAUUUGAAAAAGGAGCAAAUCAGUCUUUUGGCAAACAUGGAAAAUUUCAUCUUAUACAGCCUAGCAAGUUCAGAGAAUGCGAGGUACCAAUUUUCAUGUUUAUUCUUAUUUCUCAUUCCUCUUCCUGUGUGAAUUUUUUUACAAAAAUGAUAUGUGAUAACAGGGUGGUAAAGCUACAGGUGCAUCUUAGAAAAUCAGAUCUAGAAUGUCUUCCACAAAUUUGAUUCAAAAAGUUAAAAUUUUAUUUCAGCAAAUCAUUACAUGUAAAAAUCAAAUAUUUGUUAUUUUUGUCUUAACAUAUAUUACAAUACAAACAUGUGCACCGACUAGUUUAAAUGUCAAGAUGAUAUUCUAAUUUUUUGAGAUGGACCUGUUGUUAUAUGCACAAUGUAUUGAGUUGGAGGGAAAUCAGAGAGAGUCAAAACUUCAUGACAAUUCUGGUGUUUGUGUGCAUGCCCAACCCUAAGGACCAUGCAUGGGACCUCACCAUUGAUUAUUCUAAAAUCCUUUCCUGUCAAUUUCAUUUUAGUUGAUUUACUCAGAAACCACCAAUCAUAUUCCAGUUGUUAUCCAUAUCACAGCAUCAGAUGAAGGUAGCAUCAUACAUUCAUACAUCAAGAAAUUGUGUAAUAUAAUGUAUUGUGAAAUACUGCAGAGAGUUAAUUGCCAAAAUUUUUGUUCAGAAUACUCAGGACAUUCUAACAUAACUAUGGCCAACAUUGAAAAGGUAAACAAUUACUGUUGAAAUGUUGAAAUUCUCCUUAUAUUUUUCAGGUAGUUUUCCCUACAACCAAACAAUUCUUGUGCAUGUAGUUUAGCAGUGUUGCUUGUAAAAUUGAUCCAUCAUUUAUGUUAUCUUUAUGUUUUCAGCUUUCUGAUGAAACAUAUACCAUAAAACUGUUGAAACAAAAGCAAAUGGUUAGUACUGAAAAUAAUGUAACUACUUUUAAAGCUAAUAUUUAUAGUAAACACAAAGAGUCAAUGAAAUGAAUGUGAUACGCACUUUUUACUGUCUAUACAUAGUCUUGUCUUGUAGACGUAUUGCAAUAUUUUGUAAUGACAAGAAAUUAACUUCAUAUGUUUAGGUUGAUGGCUUGUGUUACUUACUUCAUGAAAUUUAUGGUUUGGAAAGCAAGGAAGAAACAGAAGAGGGAGAGGUAGGAUAUUUCUUGUGUCACACACUAAAAACGCGCAAGUUGUAACAAACUGCAGCGCGGACUUGUAGCAAUCCUGUUCCAACAACUUGUCAACAGGAUGUGUUCGUACCAUUUGUUCCCAGCUUGUUGAUAACUUGCUACAAGGUUGUUGAACUCGACAGACUUGUUACAAGUUGUUCCAACAACUUGUUAUCGUCCUGCAAUUCAAUUGUCAACAAGCUCGGUGGAUAAACCGUAUCCCCAAUGUUUUCUCUCCAUGCAGGACAAGCAGACGGAGAUAAGUGAUGAUGAUUAUGACGAUUAUACAGAUGAAAACGUCGUUUGUGUUGUUUGCAUGAGUGAUACACGUGACACACUCAUGUUACCUUGCAAACAUCUCUGUGUGUGUAGUGACUGUGGUAUGUAUCUUGUAAUAUUGCUUUUUUAUCGCAUGUUUCUUGUUCACUUAUUUCUUGUUUGUUUCUUGCGAACAGAAACAGGCGGAGGCGUGCACGUAUCAUUUUUACUAUCUAUUGGGCAAGCUUUUCUAUGUUCAGUUCUUUGUUCACUCGCUAGAUUCCCUAGGCCUAGAUUGCAUUUUCGAGUUACUCUACAUGUAAAGAAGGACGGUAUUUUUAGAUUGUCAUCCACCAUCUGCAUGUAUGUGUGAAAAGUUUUUCUUUGUAUUUUAGCGUCUAGUUUGCGCAGUGGAUCGAAUAACUGCCCCAUCUGUAGAGUCCGUAAGUACAGUAAAUGCGAAUAAAUAUUCUCAAGCAAUACACAAAAUCUAGCUUUCGAAGUUGGUUAACUUCUGAGGACUCCCACAUGGCAAUCAUGUAAAUCAGUAUUCCUUGUCCUUUUCUAUCUAGUUUUCUCGAUUUUUUAUAAGAUGUAAUUUUGUACUGAUGAUUCUAAACCGUGUUUCAAUAAAGUUUCAAUACAAUACAAUUUCGUGUAUAAAAUAUUCAGGAGAAUAAUUUUAUUUAUUUUCAUGUUUUCAGCAUUUCAUGCGCUUCUCCAGCUGUGUGCAUACCAAAGGGCAAGUACAAAUGUAAGUUGUGUUUAUCGUCAACAUGCUUGUCCUGAGAACUCCAAACUUAAAAUUUUUCUUACGUUUUUGUUCAUUCUCCGUUUAGUCGAAAUCUCAAGAUCCUUACUCUGGUUAUGAGAAGGUCGACUUAUUUGAUGCUCUGAAUGCUUUCAACAUUGUAAAACGACGAGAAAGUACGUUUUGUGUUUUA